AUGGACAAUGCAACAUUGCCUGCCAAGUCCUUUAUUAUCAUGGACAAUGUAACACUGCCUGCCAAGUCCUUUAUUAUCAUGAACAAUGCACCAUUGCCUUCCAAGUCCUUUAUUAUCAUGGACAAUGCAACACUGCCUGCCAAGUCCUUUAUUAUCAUUGACAAUGCACUAUUGCCUUCCAAGUCCUUUAUUAUCAUGGACAAUGCAACACUGCCUGCCAAGUCCCUUAUUAUUGUGGACAAUGCACCAUUGCCUGUCAAGUCCUUUAUUAUCGUGGACAAUGCACCAUUGCCUGUCAAGUCCUUUAUUAUCACGGACAAUGCACCAUUGCCUGCCAAGUCCUUUAUUAUCACGGACAAUGCACCAUUGCCUGCCAAGUCCUUUAUUAUCAUGGACGAUGCAACACUGCCUGCCAAGUCCUUUAUUAUCAUGGACAAUGCACGAUUAGGUGCCAAGUCUCUUAUUGUCAUGGACAAUGCACCAUGGCCUGUCAAGACCCUUAUUAUCACGGACAAUGCACCAUUGCCUGCCUAG